AUGGUUAUCAUUGUUUACAUCGAUAAAGACACCAGCGACAACAACAACCUCAGGAACGACGAUGAGAAUAACAGUGAAGACGAUGCCUACCCUAAAGGCGGUUCAAUAACCUAUCGCUAUCGUGACCUUGAACCACAGUUUUUGACCUUGAAGAUUCUCUUCAGAGGUCAAACUGACGAGAGGGUUGUGUUAACUUUUACAUCAUUCUGCAUGCAAACCAGAAAUUAUAACGACAAUACGGACAUUAGUGGCAGCAGUAGUAGUAGCAGUAGCAGUAGCAGCAGUAGUAGUAGUAGUAGAAGCAGUAGUGGUAGUAGAGAUAGUAGUAGUAACAGUAUUAAUGACGGUACAGAUCUUGAUAAUGAUGACGAAGAAGAUAAGGAAGAGAAUGAUGAAUUGUUGGACUGUGAGGAACAGAACCACGUGAGAAUACUCUUCUCCGAGGAAAUUGGCGUGAGGCGUGAGCUAAAUAUUUUCUGUGGCUGUCAAGCAAACAUUCCUCAAAGCAUCAUGACCAGGGAGAGCAACAUGGAGCUUCUUAUCGUAAUUACUGCUACCACUACCGCCACAAGCUGUACAUUCGAAUACCGUAGUUCAGUUUCGGUGAACGGUUCUCUGACGUCACCGAACUAUCCUGGGAUGUACCCGCCAGGGAUGGAAUGUAAUUAUUUGUUUAGAGGGAGCUUCGAUGAGAGAGUCAUCAUAGUAUUCAACGAUUUUGACAUUGAUGGGGUAUCUCCAAGAUGCACGGACUCAACGCAGAGCGACUACAUCGAGUUUUCCAGCUUCAACGUUCUGCCGGACCGAAAGUCCAGUCGUCUGUGCGGAAGUAGGUCGAAAGAUGAUGACGUCAUUAUUAGGCCCAUCCAAUCAGAGGGAGGUUUUUUCAGGGUGAGCUUCCGAUCUAACGAUGAUAAGUACAGAGGUGCCGGGUUCGAAGCCGUCUAUAGAUUCGAGAGAGCUCAUGCAAAAAUCAUAUCUCCACGGUUUUCAUCGGAAUCCCAUUCAACAAGUGCUUCAGCCGCCAACAACAACUACAACUACAUCAACUACAACAUCAACAAACUACACAACAACAACAACAACAACAACAAAGUACAAAUCAAAAACAAAAACCUCAAACGCCAACACAAAAAUCGAAACGACAUCAGUCAUAUCUGCCGAAGUUACAUCAACAACAACAACAUCAACAACAACAUCAACAUCAACAACAACAUCAACAACAUCAACAACAACAUCAACAACAACAACAACGGCGAUGAUAGUAUUACAAGCGAAAAUGACGACGAUGAUGAUGGAAAUGAUGAAUAUCUCCAUAAUGAUAAGGACGAUAUCAUUGCUUGUUACUCCAAUAAAUCAUACAGUAGCGUUUUCGCGGUAGACGAAAAAUGGACAAAUACUUGUUGCGGUAACAACAAUAGCAACAACAACAACAACAGCAGCAGCAACAACAACAACAACAUCUGUAACUUCAACAAUAACAUCAACGUCUGUAACAUCAGCAAGAACAUCUGCAAAAACAGCAUUAACUGUAAUAUCAAAGACAUUUACAAUAACAACAACAACAACAACAACUGCUGCAAACAACACAACGACAACAACAAAAACAGCAAUUUCUGUAUAUACAGUGAAAGCAGAAACCAAUCGACAUUUUCAAAUCCACAUAGAUGA